AUGUCGUUGUCUUUGGAGUUUACUCUCCAUCUGAGUAUGACCAUUCUUACUCAAAACACACUUGAGGGUCCAGAAUAUGUUGAUUGGAAACGAAAUUUGGAUAUUGUUCUAAUUGCUGAAGAGUACAAAUUUGUGCUCGCUGAGGUGUGUCCAGAAAAACCUGGAGAUGAUGCCACAGAUGAUGAACAAAAGGCUUACCAGAAAUGGAUUAAGGCUGAUGAGAUGGCGCGGUGUUACAUUUUGGCCUCCAUGUCGAAUGUUCUGCAACAUCAGCAUCAGUCGAUGGAGUCUGCUUAUGACAUUCUGGAAAAUCUCAAAGAAAUGUUCGGAGAUCAGAAUCGUGCGGCUAAGCAGACUGCCAUGAAAGCCCUUCUGAAUACCAAAAUGGUUGAAGGUUCAUCGACUUUGCAUGACAGUUUUCAGCAGUUUUGCCUGAAUUAUAAUAUGAACAAAAUGGAUUUGUCCCUUGCGAAAUUGCUGAAUGAGCUGUAG